AUGUACAUCCGAAGUAAAGAUGAAAUGGGAUACUGGCAUUCUCGGCUACUUUGUGCCAGGACACGAAUGGCACCGCUAAAAGGGUCAACAAUACCUAGAUUAGAGCUCAAUGGUGCACUUAUUCUAGCUCAAUUGGCAAGGAAAACUGCAGAAUUAUGGGGACUAAGUAUUAAGGACAUACAGCUAUGGACUGACUCUAUAGUGAUUUUGGAAAUAACGGAAUCCAAACAAUGGACGCAUGCACGAACCGACGAAAAUCCGGCUGACAUACUAUCUCGAAGAGUGACUCCAAGGGAGCUUCAAAACAAAGUUCUUUGGUGGUAUGGACCUCACUGGCUCGCAAAAGAAGAGAAUCAAUGGAUUCAGCACGCAGUACCAUUAAUACCAGAGGAUCAGAUGCCAGAGAAAUGUCCAAUCAAAUUGGCAUUGGUCGCAGUCAACCAUUUGUAUAAACUAUUACAGGCGAAAAGAAGUGGAACCAACGUGACUCAAUAUUUGGUGGUAUCUGAACUAAGAUCAGCAGAAAAUAUAUUAAUUAAACGAGCACAAGCUGACGAGUUUUCAUUGGAACUCCUCGCAAUGCGUAAACAAAGAGAGAUUCCCAAAUGUAGCAAACUCAAGGAAUUACACCCAUUACUACGAAAGGAUGGCCUAAUAGUGGUAGAAAGAAAACUUAAAAAUGCAGACCUUGAUGAGAACCAGAUACACCCAAUUGUUCUACCAACAAAACAUAAGAUAACAAGAUUAAUUUUUGAGUACUAUCAUCAAGCACUCCUUCACUGUGGGCCGCAAAUACUACUAGCAGAAGUUAGACAAUGUUACUGGCCCCUUAGGGGUAGUAUAAUGGCUCGUUCUACAGUUACACGUUGUAUCAAUUGCGUUCGUGUGAGACCAAGAUUUGAAACCCCACUUAUGGCUCCUUACCAAAACAAAGAGUGCAAAUGUCUCGUCCAUUUACAAUAG